AUGGAGGCGGCCGCGGCGCUACGCAAGGCGCGGAUCGACGCGCUGCGGAGUCUGCGCCGCGCAGAAGAGACGCGCGACACGAGUGCGAUUGAAGAGAACGCAUUUGGGCGGGCGGUCAAGGAGUCGUACCGCGCGAGCGAGCCGCCGGCAGACUUUACGCCGGGGCCCACGGUGCUCAGCACCUUGGAACAGGACAUUGCGGGCCUACAGGAACGCGUCAUUGCAGAGGACGAGGCGGCACAGAACGAGCAGCUGGACCUUGCGGCGAUCGCUCCAAAGCGGCCCAACUGGGACCUGCGCCGCGACUAUGACAAGCACAAUGCACGCCUCGAGCGGAAAACCAAGGCGGCGAUCCGCGCACUGAUCGUGCAACGCCUGCAUGGCGGCAAAAGUAACGAGGCAGAAGCCACCGCGCGACUGGUCGCCGAGGCGGAGCCGGAGGACGACGAAUAG